UAUGUAUUUAUUUAAUUUAUGGGCAAUCGGAAUUCCAUUCGUCAUCAGGGAUUGUUAUGUCCAUCAGAAACCGAUUUAACAGACUUCCAAAUUUCCAAAUUUAUUGGCAUUGGAACUUUUGGAAAGGUUUAUGUUGUUUAUCACAAAGGAUUAAAAAAAGAAUAUGCUCUAAAAAUAAUGCAAAAACGAAGAAUUUGUAAAUAUAAAUUUGUUGAAAAUAUCCUCAAUGAAUUAAAUUUACUUCAAGGAUUAACUCAUCCUUUUAUUUGUUCACUUUGGUAUGCAUUUCAGGACUCCGACCAAAUUUAUAUGAUUAGUGAUUUACUGCCUGGAGGGGAUUUGGCCUAUCAUUUAAAAAAUCAGGGCCGUUUCUCCGAAUCUAGAGCUAAAUUAUUAUUUUGUGAAUUGGCAUUAGCACUUGAUUAUUUACAUAGACAAAGAAUUGGCCAUUUUGAUGUAAAGCCAGCAAUUAUUUUAUUAGACGAGAAAGGACAUUCACAUUUAAGUGAUUUUAGUUUAGCCAAAAGACUUUUAAAAGGAGAAUUAGCGAAUACACUUUCUGAAAUAUACCUCACUUUUACUGGCAAUAUUAGAGGGUAUGAUUGGAGAGUGGAUUGGUGGGCGCUUGGUGUUUGUUUUUAUGAAAUGCUUCGUGGACGUACUCCAUAUGAAUAUCCCUCAACUUUUUCUUCACUUCAGGCAUUAAAUAUAAUAUAUACUCGUAGUGUUACAAUGCCUAGUAGAUGGCCAUCUGAUCUCAUUUCCUUCCUUAGAGCAAUUAUUAAUCCUGAUCAAACUAUGCGGGUAGAAAAUUUUGAAAAUGUUCAAAAUCAUGUUUAUAUGGAAAGAAUUAAUUGGAAAAAUGUUUUUGAUAGAAAAAUGAUUCCAAUUUUUGUUCCUCCAAAAGAACGUUUAGAAUCUUUUGGACGACGUAAUUACCGUGCAACAAUUUCUGUGCCUUUCUCAAGAUCACAGCAACAUAAUAAAUUAAAAUAUUUACCUUCAAAAGAGAAGGAGAGGGCGUCAAAUGAAGCUGUCGAAUUGACUCAAUCAAAUGAACUUUUAAAUGAAAUAGCUAAUUUAACUAUUAAAUUUAAAAUGUUUAAUAGAUUUCGGUGUGAAACACAAAUUGCUGAACCUAGACAAUCUUUGGAUAUUGUGGCUAAUAAAGAAAGAAAACUACUUUCUAGAAAACCAACGCAACUAUCAAUAAUUAAUAAAGAAAAACAACAAAAACCGUUAACGGGUCGUCCGUUAACACAAGCGGACAAAUUAAGAAAGGCCUUCCAAACGGCUAAUCAAGACGUUAAUUAUUCAAUUUAA